GCUGCGCAAGGAUGCAUCUUCAGUUCCUACAGAAAAAAUGCAUUCUUUGGUUAAGCCCAAUUCUUGGGUGGCUUUACGCCUUCCCUCAGACUCCAUGAGAGUGCUCCAGGUGGUCCCAAAUACAACUAUUUCCCUAGGCAAAUAUGGCUCCUUUUCUGCAAAUCUCAUCCUAUCCCGUCCCUACAACUUAACCUACGAACUCCUCGAUCGAGCUCCAGGGGCCAAAGACUCAGACAUUCGAAUUGUGCCCGCGUCAGAAAUACACGCCGAUACCAUUGCGGAAGAGCAGGCUGCGGCGAACCCUUCUCAGAACGGGGAGGCUAUUAUUGGCGGCGAUGGGGUGGAAUUUCAAUUAGUUGGGGAGAAUGGGGAGGUCGUCAUGCGCUCAAAUCGGGAGAUCAUCGACGACUCGGCACGGCAGACACUGACCAUGGAAGAGAUCGAAGAACUGAAACGUGAAGGGACGGGGGCGGGAAAAGACCUGAUCGCGAAAUUGAUGCUGAGCCAUACGGGCAUAGAACAGAAGACAGCUUUCUCAUUGGCGAAGUACAAGCUUCUGAAGACGAAGAAGUACUUGAGACGGUUUACGGUGCUGCCGGUCGAUGUACCGCUGCUAACGAAUUGGCUGAGGGAGGAGAAGGAUGCGACUAAGACCCUGGAGCUGAGAGAUGAGAUGCUGGCGCUUAUUGGGAGUUGGUCUAAUGUCCAUUUUGCCUCGGACCCGGAGGGCACACCAGGAACAGGAGGUGGAAGAUGGCUGGUGGUGGACGAAACCGGCGGUCUCUUAAUCGCAGCUAUGGCGGAGAAGAUGGGCAUAUUAUAUCCAGAAGACGAUUACUCCUCCAAUCCCGACUCUUCAGUGGAAGCAGAAACAGAAGACCCCUCAAAAGAUCCACAACCGCUCGAACCCAAUUUCGCAACCUCUAAUACAAUAACCCUCGUGCAUACAAAUGCGCAACCCAACCUGAGUCUACUCACCUACUUCAACUACACGCCAAACGCCCCGCCUCCUCAUAACAGCCACAAGCACCCGCUCGCUACCCACCUGCUCCCUCUCUCCUGGCUCCAACUCAUCUCCCCCUCCCAGGAUACAACCUACGCGUGUCCGCCGGCUCCCUGCACGCCCGCUGAGAUCGCCGCCAUGAAGAGCGGCAAGCGCGGAACCUACUUCCACAAGCUGCGGCGGCACACCCGCAUAAAGCACAUCGUCGACAGCACGCUCGCGGGGGGCUUCGACGGCCUCGCAGUCGCGAGCUCCAUGGACCCGGCAUCGAUCCUGAAGCACAUGAUCCCGCUGCUGCGCGGCGGCGCGCCGAUCGCGAUCUACAGCCCGACGAUUGAGCCGCUGGUGCAGCUGGCAGACUACUACAGCACGUCGCGGCGCACGGCGUUCGUGCAGCGCCCGCCGGCGGAGCUAGAGGGCCUAAGUCAGGACGAGAUCGCGAAGUGGCUGGGCAAUGAGGAUUUCCCGCUCAAUCCGACGCUGGUGCUUGGUGCGAGCGUGCAGAGUGCGCGCGUGAGGCCGUGGCAGGUGUUGCCGGGGAGGACGCACCCGAUGAUGACGGGCCGUGGGGGCGCGGAAGGAUACCUGUGGACGGGGGUCAGGGUCGUGCCGGCGGAGGGGAGGGUGGAGGCGAGGGGAAAAUUCACGAGGAAGAAGACUGAGGCUGGGAACAAGGCCGAGAAAGGAGAUGUUAUUAAGGGAGGGAAUACAGAAGGGGGAACAGAAGCGGUGGUGGACACUGGGGAUACGGAGAUGGUUGUGUUAUAGUGCAUGUUUCCCGGAAUAUAGUUAGUAUAGAUAUAAAAUUCCCAGGAAAUUCUUUGAUUGGUCGUUCAUCUUAUUGGUUUCUGCUUCUUCACAGCAUUGUACGCAGAUACAGUCCUUCCGGCCGUUUCAAGUCAUGCGAUGUCAAAGCUCCCUCCCCUUCCACCCUCAUGGAUAGUCCACCUUCCCGAAUUCCUCUUUGUUC